CCAAUAAAAAGUUUCCUUCACCAGGAAAAAAGAAAAAGAAACAAAGGUUUCCUUCAAUAUUUGCUCUUUAUAAUUAUUCUCAUUUUUUUCCCCGUUGAUUCUGACUGACGCCAUCGAAGAUUCUUCAAAUAAUUUCAUAACUCAGAUCUUGCUACCCCAAACCCUAGAAGACAAUACUGAGUUCCCGAUUGUGCGAUCUGAUCAGAAUACUGAGCUCAGUGUAAGUGAUGGGCUGGAGUGACCAUCCGUGUCUUGACUAUCAGACAAUCGGACUCUGAUUUUUUCAUCAUUAUCUGGAAGCAUGAACAUCGUCAAGGGUGUUGCUGACCUGAUUCGGAGAUCAUCUAGUGCCCAAUCCGGGGAGUCUUCUUCGGGGUCACAAGUGGAGAGGUUUUAUCCGCCUUCUCCAAAGAUCCGCUUCAGUGAAGAGGGUGAUGAGGCGGUUCUAGGUCCUCUUUGGGGGAGUUAUGAAAAUGCUGCUGAUAAGGUGGAGAAGAGAAAGCUUUUUCAGGUUUUUCUCAAGCAAUUUCUUGUUGUCUACGAAAACUGGGAACCUGUCAAUUCCGGCUUCUUGCCAGAUGGUUCAAAAGUUUCACCCGGAGAGUACUCGUCAGGAUCUCGUGAUAUAGUUGUUGGCUGCUCUGCUGGACAUCCUGCUGAAGUUAUUCUGGUCUUGACGGAGGAGGUCGUUCAAUUAACUUCUCUGGUCACUUCUUUGAACAACAGCAUAAUCUCAGCAAAGGAAGUUCAGGGGGCAUACACCAGCUUGCAAGUCACUUCUGAAGGGCUUCCUGUGCUUCAUGCUUUAACAAUUGUUAGUCGUUCGAUGCAUAAUUGCAGAGUUUUUGGUUAUUAUGGUGGAAUUCAAAAACUUAUGGCACUAAUGAAAGGAGCUGUUGUUCAACUCAAAACAAUUAGCGGAGUGCUUUCUGGUGAUGACAGUUCAGCUAACAGUUAUGUUGAGAAGACAGGACUCUUGCAGCAGAUACUUGUAUAUGUGGUUUCAAUAAUGUUCACCUUUAUAAAUUUAAAUGGAAAUGUAUAUGCGGAGGAUCGAUUGUACAGUAGUUCUAUAGAAUUUGGUCUUUCAAUGGAAGGUGCAUCUCAAAUUGAAUCUUCUACUUUAAAGGUUCAUAAUAGUGAGGCAAUGCUGCAGUGGCAUCUAAAGGCAGUCGUCUCUGUGAUGGAAGCUGGUGGCCUUAAUUGGUUAGUAGAGCUCUUGCGUGUGGUUAGAAGGCUAAGCAUGAAAGAACAUUGGGUUGAUUUAACACUUCAGUACUUGACUCUGAGGACCCUGUGCUUGGCAUUAUCUGAAAACCAGAGGGGUCAGAAUCAUUUUAAAAGUAUUGGAGGGCUUGAAGUUCUAUUGGACGGACUUGGUCUUCCCUCUCUUAAUAUGCUACUAUUGAAGAAUGCCCCUUUAGACAAUGAGAGAAGAGUUGCGAAUCCAUGGUUAAAAAUAUUCCAGCUGCAUGUUCUUUCCUUGGAGGUUCUCAGGGAGGCUGUCUUUGGUAAUUUGAACAACUUGCAGUUUCUAUGUGAAAAUGGAAGGAUUCACAAAUUUGCAAAUAGCUUUUGUGCCCCUGCUUUCAUACUUCAACAAUACAGACAGCAGAACAAGGAUAAUUCUAUGCAGGAUUGUCUUGUGCCUUUGUCUGGCAUUAAAGAUGAGAACGGCAUGGAAACAACUUCUUUAACGGCGCCUAAUGUUCCAUGUCCAUCUGAUACUUCUUAUUCUCAUCUUUGGAGUGAUUAUGUUGUCAAGUUGAGCGAAGUACUUUGUUCUUUUGUUCUUGCUCCAGAAGAUAUUAAAUCCCCAGUCCCUGUAACGACAGGUCGAAUUGCCAUUCCAGUUUCUUUAGCAUAUAGCGAACUUUCAAUUAAGUGGAUCAUGAGGGUCUUCCUUACGGUGUUCCCAUGCAUCAAGGCUUGUUCAAAUCAAAAUGAGUUGCAAAGCCAUUUAAGGAUAUUUUUUAAUGCACUACAGCAUUGUGUUCUCAUUGCUUUAAGGAACAUUCUUGUUUCAUCACCUAUGUCACUUGAAAUAUUACGGGAUGAGGGAAUAUGGGACCUCAUAUUCUCUGAAAACUUUUUCUAUUUUGGACCAGCUUUGGAGGGAGCUUCCACUGAGUCUUCCACAUCCAAUGAGGGUUCCUUGGGGAAGCUUGGAGAAUCCAUUUCUGAUAGCUCUGACAGUCAAUUAAAGGCCAAUGGGAUUGAAAUCCUUCGGAUGCAAGUGAUUUCUUUCGUGGAAUUGGCGGCAACGAUUAACGGGAGUGUGCAUAACUUGCCCGAAGUCUCAGUGCUAUUGGAUGCCCUUGAACAGUCUGCUUGUAAUCCUGACAUUGCCAAUGUUCUUGCAAAGAGCCUGCUUCGUUUGGUGCAAUUAUCUACUGAGAAAACUAUUGCUUCUUUCAUGGCCCUAAAUGCGGUUACCCGUGUGCUUAAAGUUGCUUGCAUUCAAGCAAAAGAAUACUGGAGGUCUGGAGUUGUAGGCCCUUAUGUUGAGAGUAGUUCUGUGGAAGUUGCGCCGCAUGGUUUUCUGAGAUCUGAUUCAUAUGACUCACCCCAAAUGUGGCUUAAAUGUAUCGAAACAUGCAUGGAGCUCUUUGUGGAGUUUUUCUCUAUAGCAGACGAUGCCAGGCGCUUAGUUUUGCAUGAUUCAGUGUGUAUUGAUUGUUUGUUUGAUUUAUUUUGGGAGGAGAGGUUGAGAAAUUGUGUGCUUAAGUACAUUUUGGACCUCAUGAAGAUUAAGCCAUCUUCUGAGGAAGAUCGAAAAGCAAUGCUGCAGUUAUGUUCAAAAUAUUUAGAAACUUUUACCCAAAUAAAGGAACGCGAAAAAAGCUCUGCAGAGCUGUCUACUGAUCUUUUGGCUGGAAUGCGAGAGAUGCUCAUGACAGACCCUAUGUAUUAUCAAGCCUUAUUCCGGGAUGGCGAAUGCUUUUUGCAUGUUGUCUCUUUGCUAAAUGGAAAUGUUGAUGAGGCAAAUGGAGAAAAGUUGGUUUUGAGUGUCCUUCAGACUCUUACCUCUCUGCUUGCAAACAAUGAUGCCUCAAAGGCUGCAUUUAGAGUGCUUGUUGGGAAGGGGUAUCAGACAUUGCAAAGUUUGUUGUUAGACUUCUGCCAAUGGUGUCCUAGUGAGCACCUUUUGAAUGUCCUCCUCGAUAUGCUCGUUGAUGGAAAAUUUGAUGUAAAAGCUAGCCCUCUGAUAAAGAAUGAAGAUGUGAUCAUUCUCUAUAUGAGCGUUCUACAAAAGAGCAGUGACUCAUUGAGGCAUCAGGGGCUAAACGUGUUCCAGCAACUCCUGAGGGAUUCGCUUCCAAAUCGAGCUUCGUGUGUCAGAGCAGGAAUGUUAAAUUUUCUACUUGAUUGGUUUUCCCAAGAAGAUAAUGAUAAUGUCAUUAUGAAAAUUGCACAGUUGGUUCAGGUAAUCGGUGGACAUAGCAUAUCCGGGAAGGAUAUUCGCAAAAUCUUUGCUCUCCUUCGAAGUGAGAAAGUUGGGGCUAGGCAGCAGUAUUGCUCACUAUUGCUGACUACUAUUUUGUCAAUGUUAAAUGAGAAAGGACCAACUGCAUUUUUUGAUCUCAAUGGAAAAGAUUCUGGGAUCAUCAUUAAAACUCCUGUGCAGUUGCCUCUCAACAAGGGUUUUUCGUUUUCAUGCUGGCUUAGGGUGGAAAACUUCCCAAGAAGUGGGACAAUGGGCCUGUUCAAUUUUCUCACUGAAAAUGGAAAGGGUUGCAUGGCAGUACUUGGAAAGGAUGUCUUUGUUUAUGAGUCAGUGAAUCUGAAGCGACAAUGCGUUCAGCUGCAAGCUAAUUUAGUCAGAAAGAAGUGGCAUUUUCUUUGCAUAACUCAUAGCAUUGGAAGGGCAUUUUCUGGAGGUAGCCUACUUAGGUGUUACGUGGAUGGUAAUUUAGUGUCAUCUGAAAGAUGCAGAUAUGCAAAAGUUAAUGAAUUGUUGACGAGCUGCGCAAUAGGCAAAAAAAUUAAUUUGCCUCGGGAUGAAGAUGAUAAUGCUUUUGACUUCAUUCAAGAUUCAUUUCCUUUCCAUGGUCAGAUUGGUCCUGUUUAUUUAUUUAGUGAUGCUAUUUCAACUGAGCAAGUCCACAGCAUCUAUUCCUUAGGACCAAGCUAUAUGUAUUCAUUCCUUGAUAAUGAAGCUGCACCUUUUUGUGAUAGUCCUUUCCCAAUUGGCAUUCUUGACGUUAAAGAUGGUCUGGCAGCUAAAAUUAUAUUCGGAAUCAAUGCCCAGGCAAGUGAUGGCAGAAAAUUGUUUAACGUUUCACCAGUGUUGGAACAUUCAUUGGAUAAGAAUUCCUUUGAAGCAAUUGUAAUGGAUGGUACUCGAUUGUGUUCAAGGCGGUUGUUGCAACAGAUAGUUUAUUGUGUUGGGGGUGUAUCUGUGUUUUUCCCUCUCAUAACUGAGUCUGAUAGAUAUGAAAAUGAAGAUAAUGGAUCCUUUGAGCAUCAAUUACUUACACCUAUCACAAAAGAACGAAUGACAGCUGAGGUUAUUGAGCUUAUUGCUUCCGUCUUAGAUGAGAAUUUGGCAAAUCAGCAACAAAUGCAUCUUCUAUCUGGUUUUUCAAUUUUGGGGUUUUUACUGCAGUCAGUUCCACCCCAUCAACUUAACUUGGAGACGCUUUCAGCUCUGAAGCAUCUGUUCAAUGUUGUUGCAAACUCUGGUUUGACAGAGGUGCUGGUUAAGGAUGCUAUAUCUAGCAUCUUUCUGAAUCCUAUCAUUUGGCUUUACACGGUAUACAAAGUGCAGCGUGAACUUUACAUGUUUCUCAUUCAACAGUUUGACAAUGAUCCAAGGUUGCUCAAGAGUCUGUGCAGACUCCCACGUGUUAUUGAUAUAAUACGCCAGUUUUACUGGGAUAACGUGAAAUCUCGAUUUGCUGUUGGAAGCAAGCCUCUGCUGCAUCCUAUUACAAAACAAGUUAUUGGAGAAAGACCAAAUAGAGAAGAAAUUCAUAAAAUCCGUCUUCUUUUAUUGAGUCUUGGUGAGAUGAGCCUAAGGCAGAGCAUUGCAGCAGCAGAUAUAAAAGCGCUCAUAGCCUUUUUUGAGACGAGCCAGGAUAUGACAUGUAUCGAGGAUGUUUUGCACAUGGUUAUUCGUGCUAUUUCUCAGAAACAACUUCUGGCAUCUUUCCUUGAGCAAGUCAAUAUGAUCGGUGGCUGUCACAUUUUUGUCAAUCUUCUUCAAAGGGAAUAUGAGCCAAUCAGGUUGCUCAGCUUGCAGUUCCUGGGAAGACUGUUGGUUGGUUUCCCAUCUGAGAGGAAGGGAACAAGAUUUUUCAAUCUUGCUGUUGGAAGAUCCAAAUCUCUUUCAGAAAGCCAUAAGAAAAUCAGUUUAAGGAUGCAACCAAUUUUCUCUGUGAUGUCUGAUAGGCUGUUCAGAUUUCCUCAAACAGAUAAUUUGUGUGCUACCUUGUUUGAUGUUCUUCUUGGAGGUGCUAGUCCCAAGCAGGUGUUACAGAAACAUAACCAGGUUGACAGGCAAAAAAGCAGAGGAAAUAGCUCACAUUUCUUUCUUCCUCAGAUUUUGGUUCUAAUUUUUAGAUUCUUGUCUUGCUGUGAGGAUGCAUCUGCAAGAAUGAAAAUAAUUCAAGAUCUACUUGAUCUACUCGAUUCAAAUUAUUCAAAUAUCGAAGCUCUGAUGGAAUAUGGGUGGAAUGCCUGGUUAACAGCUUCUGUGAAGCUUGAAGUAUUGAAAGACUACAGAGUUGAAUCUGAAAACCAAGGUGACAGAGGGGCAAAAGAGCAGAAUUUAGCGAGGAGUCUAUUCAGUGUGGUUCUUUGUCACUAUAUGCAUACUGUAAAAGGUGGCUGGCAACAAUUAGAAGAGACUGUGAAUUUCCUGCUUAUGCAUUCUGAGCAAGGCAAUAUUUCAUAUCGAUACUUACUUCGAGAUAUAUAUGAGGACUUGACUCAGAGACUGGUGGACAUAUGUUCUGAAGAUAAUAUUUUCAUUGCACAGCCCUGUCGAGACAAUAUGUUAUAUCUCUUACGACUUGUUGAUGAGAUGCUUAUCUCUGAAGAUCAUAGAUUACCGUUUCCUGCGAAUAUCUCUGAAACAUCUCUUGAUACUUUCGAAUUCGAAAAGCAUGAAGAUUAUAGUUCUGCAUUAUAUGAAGUUUUGCAAGGAGAAUUUGAUGACAAGCUGUCCAGAAAUCCAUGGGAUGGUAAGCAGCCAAACAAAAUUGAAGAUGGCAUAAUUGAUGACAAGUGGUGGAAUUUAUAUGACAACUUAUGGAUUGUUAUCAGUGAGAUGAAUGGUAAAGGACCUAGCAAGAUGUUACCCAAAUCUGCAUCAUCGGCUGGUCCAUCUUUUGGCCAAAGAGCUCGUGGCUUAGUAGAAUCGCUGAACAUUCCUGCUGCUGAAAUGGCUGCAGUGGUUGUGUCAGGGGGGAUUGGCAAUGCCUUGGGUGGAAAACCAAACAAAAAUGUUGACAAGGCCAUGUUACUAAGGGGGGAGAAGUGCCCUCGAAUUGUUUUCUGGCUUUUAGUCCUAUAUCUUUGCAGAUCUUCUCUUGAAAGAGCAUCCCGAUGUGUCCAACAGGUUAUUCCUCUUUUGCCUUCUCUUUUGGCUGCUGAUGAUGAGCAAAGCAAGAGCAGAUUGCAGCUCUUCAUUUGGUCUUUGCUUGCAGUGAGGUCGCAGUAUGGAAUGUUGAAUGAUGGUGCUCGUUUUCAUGUGAUUUCACACUUGAUACGAGAAACAGUCAACUGUGGAAAAUCAAUUCUUGCCACCAGCAUCAUGGGUAGAGAUGACUCUGCCGAUUCAGGGAGCAACUUGAAGGAUACAGGGUCUAUCCACAACCUACUUCAAAAGGAUCGAGUGCUUGCAGCAGUUUCUGACGAGGCUAAAUAUAUGAAUACAUUAAAGUCUGAUCGUACCAGGCAGCUGCAUGAGCUCCAUGUUAGGAUGGAUGACAAUUCCUCAGUGGAUUCUAACAACAGGAAAGCAUUUGAAGAUGAGAUACAAAGUAGCUUGAACAAAAUUCUCACUUCUGAUGAUGGCAGAAGAGCUGCAUUCCAGCUUACUCAUGAGGAAGAGCAGCAAAAUGUUGCUGAAAAAUGGAUACACAUGUUUCGCAUUUUGAUUGAUGAGAGAGGUCCAUGGUCUGCUAAUCCUUUUCCAAAUUGUAUUGCAAAACAUUGGAAACUUGACAAAACAGAAGAUGCAUGGCGUCGCAGACCUAAGUUGAGACAGAAUUAUCAUUUUGAUGGGAUUUUGUGCCAUCCUCCAUCAUCUGCCCCAAGCAGUGAAGCUGCUCUUCCCACUAAUGACAGCAAGCCUAGUUUUGUUGGACAUAUUCCUGAGCAAAUGAAGCGGUUUCUACUAAAAGGAGUACGUAGGAUAACUGACGAGGGAAGCUCAGAAGCUAGUGAAAAUGACUGUGAACCAAGUGGGCAUAAGGAAUCCAUUUCUGAGGAUCCUUCUGACAGUCAGUUCUCAGAGCUAGUUAAAGGUAGCAAUGAUCAAGACACUCUACAGGAUAGGAAAGAUUCUUCUUCCUCUUCGCCAGAAACAGAAACUUCUGAGGUUCUUUUGUCUGUUCCGUGUAUCCUUGUGACUCCAAAGAGGAAAUUGGCUGGGCAUUUGGCAGUCAUGAAGAGUGUUUUGCAUUUCUUUGGUGAGUUUUUGGUUGAAGGUUCUGGAGGAUCAUCUGUUUUCAAAAAUUUCCAUGCUUUGAGCAGCAACGAUUCAACCAAAGGUGAUCAAAAGCAGAAGUCUCUUAAAUGGCCUGUAUAUUUUGAUUUGAAUUCCGAAAAGGGGCUUUCUGUUGACAAUUUAGAGGCUAUAAAUGUAAACAAUCGCCAAAGGAAUUUAAAACAUGUGAAGAGACAUAGAAGAUGGGAUAUUGGCAAGAUAAAAGCUGUGCACUGGACCCGUUACCUGCUCAGAUACACUGCCGUCGAGGUUGUCUUCUGCGAUUCGGUUGUGCCUGUAUUUUUGAAUUUUGCAUCACAGAAAGAUGCAAAAGAGGUUGGAAACUUAAUAGUUGCAACCAGAAAUGAAUUCCUGUUUCCAAAAGGAACUACCAAGGACAAGAGUGUAGCUAUUUCAUUUAUAGAUAGACGUGUAGCCUUGGAGAUGGCAGAAGCUGCUAGAGAGAACUGGAGGAGAAGGGAAAUAACAAACUUUGAAUAUCUAAUGAUUCUUAACACACUUGCUGGGAGAUCAUAUAAUGAUUUAACUCAAUAUCCUGUGUUUCCUUGGGUUUUGGCUGAUUAUUCCUCAGAGGUUCUGGAUUUUAACAAGUCAUCAACUUUCAGGGACCUCUCUAAACCUGUUGGAGCACUGGAUGCAAAACGUUUUGAGGUGUUUGAAGAUAGGUACCGUAGUUUCUGUGAUCCUGAUAUUCCUAGUUUCUAUUAUGGGUCUCAUUACUCAAGCAUGGGGAUGGUGCUUUAUUACCUUCUUAGAUUAGAGCCAUUCACAUCACUUCACCGUAAUUUACAGGGUGGAAAAUUUGACCAUGCGGAUCGUCUCUUUCAAAGUAUUGAAGGAACAUUUAGGAAUUGUCUUUCUAAUACAAGUGAUGUGAAGGAGUUAAUUCCUGAGUUCUUUUACAUGCCGGAGUUCCUUGUGAAUUCAAAUUCUUACCAUCUUGGCGUGAAACAAGACGGGGAACCUAUUGCUGAUGUUUGUCUUCCUCCCUGGGCCAAGGAUUCGCCUGUAGUAUUUAUAAAUAAAAAUAGAGAGGCCCUUGAAAGUGAAUAUGUCAGCUCAAAUCUCCAUCAUUGGAUUGAUUUGGUGUUUGGGUACAAGCAGCGUGGAAAACCAGCACUGGAGGCUGCAAAUAUCUUUUAUUACCUUACUUAUGAAGGUGCUGUGGAUCUGGAUAAUAUGGAAGAUGAGUUGCAGAGAUCUGCGAUUGAGGAUCAAAUUGCUAAUUUUGGCCAGACACCAAUCCAGAUUUUUCGGAAGAAACACCCAAGAAGAGGGCCACCAAUUCCUAUUGCUCAUCCUUUAUACUUCGCACCAGGUUCAAUUAACUUGACUUCCAUAAUCUGCUGUACAAGUGAUCCAUCUUCAGCUGUACUAUUUGUUGGAGUAUUGGACUCGAGUAUUAUCCUCGUGAAUCAGGGGCUGUCCUUAUCAGUUAAGAUGUGGUUAACAACCCAACUGCAAUCUGGUGGAAAUUUCACCUUCUCUGGCUCCCAGGAUCCCUUUUUUGGGGUUGGUUCCGAUAUUCUUUCUCCUCGUAAAAUUGGGAGCCCUUUGAACGAAAAUAUAGAGCUUGGAGCACAAUGCUUUGCAACAUUGCAAACGCCGACUGAGAAUUUCUUGAUCACAUGUGGCAAUUGGGAAAAUAGUUUCCAAGUUAUUUCGUUAAAUGAUGGAAGAAUGGUGCAAAGCAUCCGACAGCAUAAGGAUGUGGUUAGCUGUGUUGCAGUCACAGCUGAUGGAAGUAUCCUUGCAACUGGGAGUAAUGACACUACUGUAAUGGUUUGGGAAGUCGUCCGUGUCAGAGCCCCAGAAAAGAGAGUUCGAAGCAUGCAGACAGAACUUCCCCGUAAAGAUUACAUCAUUGUUGAAACUCCCUUCCACAUUCUAUGUGGGCAUGACGAUAUAAUCACUUGCUUACAUGUUAGUGUGGAGCUUGAUAUAGUUAUCAGUGGGUCAAAAGAUGGAACUUGUAUUUUCCAUACCCUCCGGCAGGGAAGAUAUAUACGAUCCUUGCGCCACCCAUCUGGUUGUCCAUUAUCAAAGCUUGUUGCCUCUCGGCAUGGGCAAAUUGUAUUUUAUGCUGAUGAUGACCUUAGUCUGCACCUUUACUCUAUCAAUGGAAACCACCUCGCUACUUCGGAGUCUAAUGGACGUCUCAACUGUGUUGAACUUAGUGGCUGUGGUGAGUUUUUGGUUUGUGCAGGUGACCAAGGGCAGAUAAUUGUACGGUCUAUGAACACGCUAGAGAUUGUGAAAAGGUACGAUGGAGUUGGGAAGAUAAUAACAUGUCUUACUGUAACCCAAGAAGAAUGCUUCUUAGCUGGGGCCAAGGAUGGGAGCCUUCUUGUUUAUUCUAUUGAAAACCCUCAGCUUCGAAGAGCUAGUAUUCCUCGAAAUGUUAAGUCUAAAGCUUAUGCAAGAUAGAUCUACAGUUCAGGACAUGGGUUACUUUGAUCGUUAGUGCGACAGAGCACCAACAGGAUAUUUUGAAAGGCCACAUACAUUGGAAACUCUGGUGUUGGCUGAAACUUCUUGCAUUCAGCAUCAUCCCAUGCUUACGAAGUUUUUGCCCAUAUCGUCAAGGAUGCAUGCUGUUUACUAGCAUCACUUGAACUGAUUGAAGGAGAUUUAUUAAACAAUCGUUUCUGAUUGGAAUAUAUAUGCGGAGGCUUGAAUAACAUUGUUGUGCAAUUGGUUUUGUGGCAUUGAGAUGAGCAGAUGCUCUCCCCAACAGAUUUUUCUCUCUCCUUCAUUCGAGUAGGUGAGUCAGGAAUCAAGUGUUAACAUAUAUACGUGUACAUUGAAUUCUUAUGAGGCUAGACUAGAAUGUUGUGUAUUAACCAUAGUGGCAACUUGGGCUCUCUGUUCAAAAUUUUCAGUUGGCCUUGAGCUCUGUACAGAUAGGCAUUGAUGCCUGUAACUCUAAGAUCAUUAGUGAUCAAAUUUACAUUUUGCAAACAUUUUCUCCUUUUAAUGUGGACUAUGGGCGGUGCUGCUUUGCUACAACUGCUGAUCAUUGCGGGCAUGAGGCAUCUACCCCGGUAUGCCCGGUGCAUCUAUCCUUCUCAUGUUUUGGUCCUUUUAUUUUCCCUUUGUUUAUUGUUCCUCUACUUUUGGUAGCUAAGCCUUGUAGCUUUGGUCAUGAUUUUAUGUGUAUAAUGACGAUGCUUUGAAUAGUUGAUUACAGUUAUUUUUUACUGGCUCC